CUUGUGGGUCCGUCUCCGCCAUAGCCAAAGAGUUACCACCCACCUCAACACUCACUAAAACAUCAUCAUUGCCACCCAGAAUCUCUCUCUCUCUCUCUCCCACCAGCGCCCGCACCCAACUCUUUCCUGUCAUUCCCCACGAACCCACGAAGGAAAAAGGUCGCGUCUUCCCAAUUUGUCUGGUGUUCUUGUGGUUUAUGGCGGUGCUGAGGUUUCUGCCGAGAGAGUGAACGAGAAAAAGCUUCGAUUUUUAUGAUGGGCAGCCGGUGAAAGGAACUGGGUCUGGGCUAUUUUCGGGUCUUGGUGUCAUGGGAAAUUGCUUGUGUAGAUGGGAGCCUUCGAUUUACAGAGUCUCCUCCAAUGCUAAGUCAGAAUCCCCUAAGUACGGGAGCCCAUCCGUGAAACAUAAAAGGGAUGAAAGUAAAUUACCGUCAAAUCCUGCGGAAGUGGAAGAUCUGCGCCGUGACACAGCUGCCAAUCCGCUGAUUGCAUUCACCUAUAGCGAGCUGAGGAUCAUCACUGCAAAUUUCAGGCAAGAUCAGGUGUUGGGUGGCGGUGGAUUUGGAAGCGUGUACAAAGGGUUUAUCUCAGAGGAUUUGCGGGAGGGGCUGGAGCCUCUCCAAGUUGCUGUAAAGGUUCAUGACGGCGAUAACAGUUAUCAAGGCCACCGUGAGUGGCUGGCAGAAGUCAUAUUCCUGGGGCAGCUUUCUCAUCCGAAUUUGGUGAAAUUGAUCGGGUACUGCUGCGAAGAUGAACAUCGAGUGUUGAUAUACGAGUACAUGGCUCGGGGUAGCGUGGAACAUAACUUAUUUUCGAGAGUAUUGCUUCCUCUUCCAUGGUCUAUCAGAAUGAAAAUUGCAUUCGGUGCUGCCAAAGGUCUUGCUUUCCUCCAUGAAGCUGAGAAGUCGGUCAUCUACCGUGAUUUCAAGACGUCUAAUAUUCUCUUAGAUGAGGAGUAUAAUGCCAAGCUCUCUGAUUUUGGUCUUGCGAAAGAUGGACCUGAAGGAGACAAAUCACAUGUUUCCACUCGCAUAAUGGGAACAUAUGGAUAUGCUGCGCCAGAAUAUAUAAUGACAGGGCAUUUGACUCCACGGAGUGAUGUAUACAGCUAUGGCGUAGUCCUUCUAGAACUUCACGGGAGAAAAUCCUUGGAUAAGUCUAGGCCUGCACGGGAGCAAAACCUCACAGAUUGGGCCCUUCCUUUGCUUAAAGAGAAGAAGAAGAUACUCAACCUUGUGGAUCCGAGGCUGGAUGGCGAUUAUCCCAUCAAAGGAGUGCAAAAAGCGGCGAUGCUCGCCUACCAUUGCUUGAACCGGAACCCCAAAGCUAGGCCUCUCAUGAGAGACAUAGUAGAUUCCUUGGAGCCUCUUCUGGUAAAUGAUGAGGGUUUGACCGAGACUACUGUGACUGUGAUUAGUAACGAAGUUCCCGCUGCAGAUACAAAACGAUAGGAAGAUUUACAAUAGGAUUGCAUUCGGUCUGCCAGUUUUCUUGGGGUCUUUUCCAUUUUCAGUGAUUUCCAUCUGCAACAGAAACAAAAAGGAGAUUUUUCUUUUCAUUUAGAUAGCUUUCUUCUGUGUAUCUAAAGGAAGGAGAGGAGGAUGUGUUUUUUUUCUUUUUUAGUGCAGAGGCAUACUUGCGAGACCUUUCAUUUGAACUGGAGUACUGUACCGAGCACGUAAAUAUUGAUCUGACCAUGAAUGUAUGUACACGAUUGGCUUGCUUGAUACAAACUUUCAUUCCACA